AUGUCAGAUAAGGGGGAAUUCGAAAGUUUAUACUUCUAUGGAAUGAGCAUCAACAACACAUACCUGUGGGUGAUAUUUGCUCUAGGCUUUCCCGGGAAUCUCGUCUGCUUGACGACGCUCGUCAAAAUGAAGUCGACGUCUGCUCCGAUGCUGUACAUGGGCCUGCUGGCCAUCGUGGACAACCUGUCCAUAUGUCAGAAGCUGCUGUACCACCAGCUGUCGUACCGCAAGGUGGAGAUGGGACCGGCCGCCUGCAAGACUCUCAAUUUCUUCACUCUGGUCUUCGCGACGUACGCCAACUGGCUGAUUGUGUUCAUGGCGGCCGAGAGGUCGGAAGCGAUCAUCAACUACUUCCGGACCAAGUCGACCCGACGCCGGAUCCUCGUGCACUCCAUCCUGCUGGGAAUCACCGUCCUCGCCAUCUACCUCCACCUCUUCUGGAUGUUCACCGACGUGGACGGCAUCCACUGCGGGAUCUACCAGAGGUACGUGCCCUUCUACGUCGGGGUCUGGUACUGGAUCUGCGCCUCCGUGUACAACCUGGCCCCUUGCUUCCUGCUGGUCAUCAUCGACGUCCUGAUGAGCUACAGGUUCAGGAAGAUCUCCGCAGUCAUCGCCGACGGAUGCCAGAAUCACUGCGGUCACAGAGUCACCGGGUCGCAGCGGAGUCUGGGUCAGGAGACGUCGGCCAUGGUCCUCGCCGUUGCCGUCGCCUUCGUGGUGAUGACGCUCCCGCGGUGCGUAUACAUCAUCCUAGAGAGUCACUGGAGCGUGGAGACGACCACGCUGUCCCAUGCUCAGAAACACCUGAUCAACCAGAUCACGUUCGUGUUGUCCGACGCACGCCAUGCCGUCAACUUCUACCUCUACUUCUUCACUGGGAAGAUUUUUCGUUCCUCGGUUAUAUGCGCGCUUGCGUGGAAGCGCAAACCGGACAAUGCUGCACUUAUGUUGACAACAGUGACACCAUGCACCGGUAAGGGAAGUGAUUUAUAG